UAUCACCGACAAAUUAACUAACACUCGUUUACGAGAAGAUUUAAAACAUUUUUUAAUGCGGUAGAUGUCGGACGAACUGCGCUGUUUUGAUCGUAAACAGAUUUGGGGUUGAGAGGAAAACCAACAGUAGUGGUUAGCUAGCUAGCUAGUUAGCUUGCUAGGCUAACAGUGGAAAGAAGCGUUGACUUCCUCGUGUCAUCAUGUCAAAGCAGACAGAGGGAAAGACUUUGCUGAGGAAUGUAAUCCGGCACACAGAUGCUCACAACAAGAUCCAGGAGGAGAUGGAGAUGUGGAAAAUGCGAGGCUGGGAGAUGCAGAUGUCCCAUCAGAAACAGCUGCCGUUCAAAGACAACGUGAGAGGCCACAUGCACUGUGACAGAGUGUCCGAUCCCCCCGGAGACGUGAGCCACAGCCGAGAGCGAGCGUCGCAGCACGACGACAGAGAGGCCCGGUACUGGACCCGCAAACUUUAUGAGUUUGAGGCUGGGGAUCCUGACAGAUGGGGACAUAGCGGCUUCAAGGAGCUUUAUCCUGAGGAGUUUGAAAGUGAUGAUGGUGAAAAAAGCGCCCCCAUAAAGAAGGCCUGUAAAAGAAAAAAGUCCACGAAGAAAUCCUCUCGGAAGAAGAAAAAGAAAAAGAAGAAGAAAGCCGACGACAGAAAGAAGAGAGACGACUCCUCCAGCAGCGGCGAAAGCAGCGAUGAAAGCAGCGGCACAAAGGACAAGCCGAGGAAACGGAAACGCGCCAAAAGCCGACACAAAAACAAGAGGAGCAGGCGGAGAGACGAGGACAGCAGCUCGUGGGACAGUAAUGAGGACAAGAGCAAGAGACGUGGCUUCAAGAAGCGGAAGCGAGUCUCAGAGUCAGACUCGGGGUCGGACUUUAGGAAAAAGAAGAGGAAAGAUUGGAAAGCUGCAGAUGGCGAGAGCUCCGAUGACAGCUCUGCAGACUGAACAAAAACCCUCAGAAACUAGAGCAGAGUGAAGCUGCAUGAGGACUCCUCCUCACUGCAGGCCGAGCUGUAUAACUGGAUGCGGUUCGAUAUCAAGUGCUUGUCCUGGCAGCUCUGAGGAGCCAUAACUCAUCAGCUCUGCAGUCCAGUCAGCAGACAGCAUGCAGAGGGAGAGCAGGCCAUCCAGCACCAGCAUCAUCAGGAAUUCAGCAAGCUCACCGCCUCCGCCUGCUGCACCCAAACUACAACCCUUUGGAUUAUUGAACACAUAAAGAGAGCAAAACGUGAUAUAAUUCAGUGUUUUAGUCAUUUAUGGUGAUAGUAUUUUUUUUUUAAAACACCGAGAUACUGCCAAUCUGAACAAAAUAAAACUUUAUUUUUAAUAGUUUUCCAGGAUGAAUGUUAUUAGAAAAUAUCUAUUUUCUAAACAAAAGCUAAUUGAUUUACAAAAAAAUAAUGUUGAAUAUCUUUUUUUAAAGUUUAUUUUGGUUCAGCUAACCUUUGUAACAUCAAAAAUAAAACUACUCCAUGUUAGUUUUAAAGGAAAACAGAUCAUUGAAUUUGUAUUAAAUCUCCUCACUCCACUAGUUCACUGGUACCUGGAAAAAGACUGUUUUUAAUAAUAUUUUCAAAGUGUUGUAAAGAAAUGUAAUAAAAUAAAGAUUUUUUCUAAGA